AACGGUCUACAUAUGAUUAGCAUGUGGUUAUGGAAGGUGUUUCGUAUCGAUCCAGUAUGUGGUGACAGUUCUCAGCUUGCGCCGUGGACCUGCUGGUUGAACUCUUCGAUCCUCUGGAGGGAAUAAUAUUUCUGUAGCACAACAUGCCUAAAAGGAAGUCUCCUGAAGGGGCCCAUGCCAAGGAUGCCUCCAAGGUCACCAAGCAGAAGGUCACCAAGCAGGAGCCCACCAGGCGAUCAGAGAGGUUGUCAUCGAAACCAGCUCCUCCCAAACCUGUUGAGGUCAAGCCUAAGAAGGCUAUAUCCAAGGACAUGAAGGAAAAGAAAGGUGGCGCUAAGGUGAAGGAGGAUGGCCCCUCCCAUAACGGACAGGCUAUGACUGAGGAGAUAUGUGUGUCUCGCUCCAGUGUCAGUGUGACCUACUACAGAAGUCUUGCUCCCUACUCCAUGUCUGUCAGAGGCCAGAGUGAGACAGUCAGAGUCAACGGAGACUGAUGCUGUGGAGCCGGAGUCGGUCAAGGAGAAGGAAUGAGGAAGUGGGGGGGUCUUUCUCUGACUCCUCCCAAACCAGUACCAUGGAAACGGAGGAUUAUUUUUUUUUCCAGGAUUUUGUAAAAUGCUGAUUUUUUGUUUGUCCUGUGAUACUAGCAAAGAUAACCAGCAGCAACCCACUUCCACACUCCUUACAGUUGUCUCUCCCUCUCCUCUCCUCUCCUCUCCUCUCCUCUCCUCUCCUCUCCUCUCCUUUCCUUUCCUUUCCUUUCCUUUCCUUUCCUUCCUGGAAGACAGAAUGAAGUGACAUGUUUUUAUAAAAUGGCCUCAAGUAUUCUUCCUCUGGCAGUGGGAGGAGCCUCAUGGGGUCACCAUGGUGAUGCCUCUCAGUUCCUCUCUAAACAAUGUCAUGUCCUCUUGACCGUGAUGGCUCUUUUGUGAUGACAUCGCUGUAAAUUAAGUGGACCUUCCACCUCUGACAUCAGAGACCCAAGGGUCAGACUAGGCUCCUAUGAUAUAACAAGUGACCUUUGACCCUGACCUGAGGUGUUGCCAUGGUGAAUAUUUGCAGCUUUUUAAACAGAUUUAGAAGUGUUCAGAAUCGCCAGCCACUCUUGUGUUGUAAUUUGUGAGUCUGUGGUUGUCUGUCAGAGUAGACUGUUCUAGAACUCUGGCUUCCAGAACCUCUGGGUUCCACCAUGGUUGUCUGUCAGAGCAGACUGUUCUAGAACUCUGGCUUCCAGAACCUCUGGGUUCCACCCUGGUUGUCUGUCAGAGCAGACUGUUCUAGAACUCUGGCUUCCAGAACCUCUGGGUUCCACCCUGGUUGUCUGUCAGAGCAGCAUAGCAAUAACAAGUGGCGCUUCUGUUCUAGAACUCUGAGGCUUCUAGAACCUCUCUGGUUCCACCCUGCCUGUGGGAAAACAUUAUUUUGAAAUAAAAACAGAGUUGACAUUUUGUGA